AUGCCAAAUACGUUGACGCAACAGUACAUCCAAGACUCGGUGUGGAAGCCCGAUAUCUACAAGGGCAAAGUUGUCUUUGUUACAGGGGGAGCAGGUACUAUUUGCAGGGUGCAGACCGAGGCCAUGGUCUUGUUGGGCGCCAACGCCGUCAUUUUGGGCAGAAACGAGCAAAAGACGCAAGCCGCCGCCAAGGAGAUUGAGCAGUUGAGGCCCGGCGCCAGGGUGCUUGGUUUGGGCAAUGUCGAUGUGCGCAAGGUCCAAAGUCUAAAGGAGGCCGUGGACAAGACCGUGGCAGAGUUGGGCAGAAUCGACUACGUGAUUGCCGGCGCUGCAGGCAACUUCUUGGCCGACUUCAACCACUUGUCGUCAAACGCAUUCAAGACCGUGAUUGACAUCGACUUGUUGGGCUCUUUCAACACGGUCAAGGCCUGUUUCGAGCAAUUGAGAAAAAACAAGGGUGCCGUCAUUUUCGUCAGUGCAACCUUGCACUACUACGGGGUCCCCUUCCAGUCGCACGUUGGUGCCGCCAAGGCCGGUGUCGACGCCUUGAUGAACGCCCUUGCCGUGGAAUUGGGCCCCGUGGGCGUGCGUCUCAACUGCAUUGCCCCCGGCUUGAUUGGCAACACCGAAGGCGGCGCCCGUUUGAGCCCUCCCACCGAAGUGCCCUUGGACCAAAAAGUGCCCUUGGGCAGAAUCGGAUCCACCACCGACAUUGCCGACUCGACCGUGUACUUGUUCUCGCCCGCGGCUUCCUAUGUCACCGGAACCAUCAGCGUUGUCGACGGUGGUUUAUGGCAAAUUGGUGGCUUUUUGGGCGAAUUAUACCCGGCGGUCAUCAAGCUGCAGAAUGAGGACCCGGAAGGUAAAUUAUAG